CUGGCCGCUGUGGUCGUGUGUCGGGUCGCGGCGACUCGUGGCCGCGGGCGCGUGCGCGUUCUCGCGCCGCCCUGCACGCCGACCCUUUCUCUCAGAUGUGUCCGGGGCUCGUGGUCAUCACUCAAAACGUUAAAGUUCUCUAUCACUGCACAGAGCACUAGGUCGUCUGUCCGCGGCGGGCGGUCGCUCGGUCUGUCGCUCGGUGUGUGUCGCCUGUUGUCCCGGGACAGAGUGUCGCGGACGUGCUGCGCGGACGGCUCGCGAGCGCGGAGUGAGCUGAGCGUGGAGCGCGGUACUCCGCUGUCGACCCGGUUCGCUCCGAGACCGGUGCGAGGCGAGUGCGAGUGCGAGUGGCGCGGCCGGCGCGGUCCCGCCCUCAGCCCCGCCCUGCGCACACACGCCCGCGACCACACACACACACACACACACACACCACACACAUACACACACACGAGACACACAUCGACACCAUCACAUGUGACGCCUACUCUACAUUAUGUAUUUUUUCGGGUACCUACUCUUGCCAUAUAUGUGGAGAAAUCACGACAAAUCCCGUUCCGGCUAGAGACCGUGUCAAGUGUCAAGUGUCUAGUGUCUCGCUGGUGUGUCUGUUGUGUUAUGUCGACACCAGCCAAGUCUAGUCUCUCGAUGCGGGACAGGUGUCGUGGUGGUGUCGUGUCGGUGUCGUGUGGUAGCCGUGGUGACGUCACCACCAUAGUCCCCACCGGCCGCGACCGUGGGACAGCUGCGUAA